AUGGAUAUACUACAAAAUAUUUUGAAACCUUUUUUAUUUAUAUAUCAAUUUUUCAAAAGAAUAUUUUAUUCAGGUUUAAAUCAAAGAUCGAUACUCAAGUUAGUUCUAAAUUUUUCAAUAAAUUUUAGUCCUAUAUUCAUAUGGUUAUUAAUUUUUAAGAAUGCUGGAUUAAUUCCUCACGAAAUAAGACCAAAUAUUCAUGUAUCAUUACCUUAUUAUGUUGAUCAAUAUAUGUUUCAUACAAUAAUUGGUAGUAUAUUGACUAUAAUAUUAUUAAUUCCUACAACCAUUUUAUUAUAUUUUGGAGUUUUCAAAUUGAAGGAUACAAAAUUACAAGUAUUUGACCAAAAUAUUGAAUAUAAACCAAUCACGAAUAAUAAUUUAAAAAGAGAAUCUAAUGAAGAAGAACAAUAUAAUUUAUCAUCAUCAUCUUCAUCAUCUGCAUCAUCAUUUGAUAUAGAACUAGAUUCAUUAGAUCAACAAUACUCCGAUGAAGAAGAAUAUAAUGGAGAACAACAAGAAGAAAAAAUUCAAGAUUAUUUAAAAAAUAUAGAAUUAUCAUCAAUUAAAAAUUUCCAAGAUAGUCCAUAUUUUCAAGAUUUAACAUUCUUCAAAACUUUAAACAUAAACAAAGUUAAUAAUAUGGCAACUGAAGUAAAUAAAAAAAUAUUAAAGUACAAUAUAACAUCACCAUCAAAAUCCUGGCUUAUGGCACCAUCAUUUUUACUAGUAAGUUCAUGGUUCAUAUUAAAUUUUGAUUAUUGGUUAAAAGAUCCUAUAAAAACAUGGAAAGAUAUAUUAGCUUGGACAUCUUAUGUAUUAGGUCAUAUAACAGUUCCUAUAAUUACAGCAGUUUAUCUUUAUGUAUUUCAUGCACCAGGUAUAUUAAAAAGUUAUGGAAUUGCAAUGGGUUUACAAAAUAUUUGUGGAGUUUUAACUCAUUUAUUAUUUCCAUGUGCUCCACCAUGGUUUAUUCAUUUAUAUGGACUUGAUUCACCAGCAGAUUAUGAUAUGCCAGGUUAUGCAGCAGGAUUAAUUAGAGUUGAUAUUGCUUUGGGAACUCAUUUAAAUUCAAAAGGAUUUCAUGCUUCACCUAUUGUAUUUGGGGCUGUACCUUCAUUACAUUCAGCAAUGGCAGUUAUGACUUUUUAUUUCAUAUCAUUUUAUUCAAAAUAUAUUGUAUUAAAAAUUCUUGCAUUAUCAUUUGUCAUUUUACAGUGGUGGGCAACUAUAUAUUUAGAUCAUCAUUGGAGAUUAGAUUUAUUUGUUGGGUUAAUUUAUGCAACUAUUUGGUUUUCAAUAAUUUAUAAAUUCUUUUUGGUGAAGUAUAAUAAAAAUUAUAUAAAACUGAGAUUAACUUAUAAAUUUGAAAAUGGUGGUAGUACAAUGGGUAUGAGAGUUUUUAGGAAUACAAGUUUACAAUGGUUUUUCGAUCCACUAUGUUAA